AGUUUCUGCAUCGAUCGUGUGUUGUUCUUUGAUUGUUAGUCACCGUAGGAAAUUCUCCUGACACAUCAGUAGUUCUUGUUUGUAUUCGUAGGUCUAGGCUACCACUCUGAUUACCCGAAAAUGUCUGACACGCUACGAGAAUUGGAAACGCGCAUGGAAUCAUUCAAGCGAGCAGCGGAAAGCGUGCUCGAACUGAUUAAGGAGAAGCGGGAUAAGGUGUUAUCGUUAGCAUUUGAUUUUUAGAUUUUUUUUUUUUUGUUUCUGAUGCUUCAGUUAUGGUCUAGUUUUAUGCUGGGUGGUUCUCCUUUCUGUUUAUACUAUAAAUAUGAUAACUUUUCAGAUUACGGUCGAGGGGG